AGAGAUGAACGUGACGUCUGCCAACGUGACGUUGGUUUUACAGUAUCGAGACUCCUUCUCUAAAGCGCUGACCAAGAACGUGAUAGUUGUGGUUCUCGGGAUCUCCAUUAACUACAUCAAUGCAGGCCUCAUUCGCACCUUCUGCAAACACCAGAUCUUCUACACAAACCCUCGCUACAUCCUUUUUUUUCACCUGGUGGUCAACGACAUGAUCCAGCUGACGGUGACUGUUCUCCUGUUCGUUCUCAGCUACACCGUCUACAAAAUAAAUUUCUCCUUUUGUUGCAUCAUCAUCGUGCUCGCUGUCUUCACCACUGAAAACACUCCUCUGAACCUGGCCUGCAUGGCGGUGGAGUGCUACAUCGCCGUCUGCUUCCCCCUUCGCCACAUGCAGAUCUGUACCGUCAGGAGAACCUUGAUGCUGAUUGGCUUUAUGUGGUCGACCACCAUGUUGUCAGUUCUUCCUGAUCUGUUCUUCACUUUGGCCACAGAGCCGCUGGACUUCUUAAAUUCCAAAGUCUUCUGCCUCAGAGAAACUCUUUUCCCAAAUCCCCUCCUCAUCAAGAAGAGAGACAUAAAAUAUUUAUUGUUUUUAGUUAUGGUUUCGAUAACCAUCUUUUACACUUACUUGAACAUCCUGUUCACUGCUAAAAAAGCUAGCAUAGAUGCUAAAAAGGCCAGAAAUACAAUCAUCCUCCAUGGGUUCCAGCUGCUGCUUUGUAUGUCAACUUACACAGGGCCGCAGGUAUUAAUUGUCCUGAAGCAAUUCUUCCCUGAGAAUUAUGUAGACCAUUUAUUUGCUUCCUACAUUAUUGUACAGGUCCUGCCACGAUUCAUUAGUCCAAUCCUCUAUGGCAUUAGAGACAAGACAUUUAGGAUACACUUGAAAAGUCAUCUGUGGUGUUGAGUCAGUACACUGUGACCUUACCCGAGAAGGGUUUUCCAGAGGAAAAAGCAACAUUCUCUCAACUUCAGGUGAUGAAGCGAUGAAUCAUCCUGAUUUUUCUGAUCGGAAACAUACAAACAGGAAUUAAUGUUUUUUCUGUUGGGAAUUAUCUUGACUAUGUGUUGAGGUUAUGUACUAUUUAUUUUUGUACAAUUUGCAUGUUUAUUUACUGAAUACUUUUUAAGAUAGUUGGAAAUUGGUCUUUGAAAUAACAACUUUGUUGAAGGUAUUUCUUUUAUGAAAAUAACUUUGAUAACCCUAACCCUGAAAAAAGACCGGUUACGGCUUCCUCUUGUAUC